UGCUUUCAGCAGAUUAACGCAUACAAGAGUUUUGUCCUCAGUAUGAGCUGUAAUGGCAAGAGUACUCUUCCUGCUUACUCUCAGAAACUCUCUCUAAACUAUUUUAAUAUGAUCCUAGUUAUGCACCUAACGAAUUACAAGAGGUCAGUGGAAUCGAAAAUUGGCCGACUUGAAACUACUGGAAGAUCCAUGACUACUGAAUAUCUGGCAACUGAGGAACUAAUGGAUGAUAUCACGUCUUUUUCUGAUAUCACAUCUCUUUUGGAUGUCCCUAAAGUAUGUGGGUUUCAUAAUGUGAAUGUGGCCACAGCUAAACUUAUAAAACUGUCUCCAUACAUAGCAAAUUCCGAAAAGAUGCAAUUAUUUCAACAGGAAAUCAGGUUCUCACUUGAGCAUAAGUUGCUGGAAGAAUAUUCAAGUCUGUGGGCUUCGUCCUGCGUUCUUGUGAAGGAAACCAGAUGAUAAAGUUCUUAUGUGUACGGACUGAUAAGUGAAUAAAGUUAUGACACCUGA